AUGCGGACAAUGGACGCACACGUCACGGGGUUUGCCUACACGACGUGUCACGUGUACGCGACUAAAGUGACUGUCGACGACCACACGUGGACGCUCCACCUGCGCUACACGGCGUUCCACCGCUUCUACGAGCGCCUCGUGACGCUUGAGAAACACUUUCCCGUGGCGUUCCCGCCGAAAGGCGGCGUGUUCUCGUCGCCUUCGCCGGCCGCCCGGCAGGCGCAGCUGAACGACUUCCUCGGGGGCACACUCGCCUACUUUGACCUGCGGGGCCACCCGAAGCGCAUGGGGGCGCUGCUCGACGAGCUCCUGCAGGUGUCGGACCACGUGAAGGGGACGGUCCACAAGGCGACCGACGACGAGGACCGCACGGCCAGCGAAGGCAGUUCGGACGAGCACGACGACUACCUCGAGAACAGCAGCAGCGGCGACAACAAUGAAGAGAGUCGCGCGCCCGAGCCGUUCGCUGCCGACGUUGAAGUUGGCCGUCAAGUGGCGUCGGAGGUGUCUCUGGUCGGCGCUCUGUCUGCGACGGGUCCGGGCGCGUCUACAGGCACGACCGCUGGUCUUGCGUCAGGCGUGUCUCCCGGAGCAGGGAGGGGACAGGCACGAGACACGGCGGUCCCGUCUGCAGCAGGAGGGAACGAGGAGGCAGCCGACCAGGCAGUUGAGCGAGAGCUGGCCGACAGAGGGGAGCUCGACGAGAGACCGGAGACAUGGGAGGCCCCUGUUGUGAAGUGGUUUCGGCGCUUGAGCACCUUUAGCUCGGGUGAGGUGGGGGAGCAAGGGGACAAGGCCGAGGCUAAGAAGCGACAAGCUGAAGACGAGGAGGAAGCGAGGGCUGCAGCACGAGCACGAGCUGAGGAAGAUGCAGCACGGGACGAAGCGGAAGAGACUGCUGCUAUGGCACGCGAGGACGCUGAAGAGAAGGCCCGCGUCGCUGCGAGGAAAGCCGCGCUCGUGCGCAUCGAAGAGGAACGGGAGGUGCGUCUCCAGCGCUACCGUCAGCCCGUGUUUUUCCAGAGCCUUCGCUGCGACGUUGGCACGAGUCGCUACUCGUACCCGUAG